UGUGAGCUGUGGCUCUGUUGUAACAACACUCAGGUGGAGAUGGAUGAUUCUGCAACAUGAUCCACCCUCUGAGAUCCGUUUCAGUCCCAUCGGUUUCGCUUCAUUUCUGUCUCGGGUCCGGGUAAAACUGGACUCAUCAGGUGGGAGGUUUUUGGAGGAAUGGGUGCUCUGCAGUCCUUACCUGGUCAGCCAGAAUACAUUGGUCUGGCGGAAAAGACGGGAUUUUCAUUUGAUCAGAUUGGAGUUUUGCAUAAAAGGUUCAAACAGCUGAGCCACAAUGAAGAAACUCUAAGGAGAGAUCACUUCAAUGAAAUCCCAGAUCUAGCAUGCAAUCCAAUCCGUGCACAAAUCAUAGAGGCUUUCUUUGACAGAAGAAACUAUCGUCAGAAUGCGGUGGGGAUGGUUGAGGAGAUCAGUUUUGAGGAGUUCCUGGUGGUCAUGUCCCAUUUUAGGCCCCCAUCUCCGCACAUGACAGAGGAACAGCGUGAGAGCGUCAGGAGGGAGAAACUGAGAUUUUUAUUCAACAUGCAUGACACAGACAACGAUGGAACAAUAACCCUCGAGGAAUACAGACAUGUGGUGGAGGAGCUGCUGUCUCGCAGUGGGGCACUGGGGAAGGAAACGGCCAAAAGCAUAGCUGAUGCAGCCAUGUUGGAGGUAGCCAGUAUUUCAAUGGGUCACAUGGAACCAGAUGAAUUCUAUGAGGGAAUUACAUUUGAGCACUUCCUCAAGUUGCUGGACGGCUUUGAAAUUGAAUCAAGAAUGAGCAUUCGCUUUUUGAACAUGGACACGACAACCCUGUGUAAGUGAGGUUGGUACGCUAAACUAUUCUGUGACUUUGGGAAGACUCUGAUGACGCAUAUUAUAUGGUUUCUUUAUAACAGCAACUACCACUUGUUUCCCCACACCAACCUUUGUCGCUUGCGUUGACUAUAUGCCUUACUAAUGUUUGAAUAACUAUGCAAAUCCAAAGAAAAUAUGUAUAUUGUGGAUGUAUUAGAAGUAAUUUAUUUUUACCUUAAGGAAUAAUACAAGAUAAUAAUCAGCCUCUUAGUAGUUGAACAAAGCAAUAAGCAAAUAUUCAUGUCUGGAGUAACAGACAGUAUGACUAUGCAUGCUAAUGUGGAUGCUAGAGGAAUGUUUACAAAUAUUAAUGCCAUAAAUCUAUUACUAAUAGUAUACUAUUACUAAUCAGGGAUAUAAACUUUAGUUUUCAAAAGUAUCUAUAUGUGUCUAAAAAUAUUAGGACAGUAAUUUGAAAUGCCUUCACUAUGACAGACCACAGCAUAUUCAAUAUGGUGCAUGCUGUGCACACUACAUUUGCACAAUAAAAGACCCUAUGAAACACA